UCCGCGGCCCGUGGGGCCGGGACGUCUCGGCUGUGGAGUCGGUUCUGAUCAGGCGUUUGGCAAGACAGCCCUAGCCGGGGGCCUCGGCUCCGCGGCGCGGCCGUUGUUAUGGAGACCGCAGGUUUUUGAAAUGGAGGAAACUGGAGCAAUAGAUUUUGGUGCUUUAGAGAGAGAACUGCAGGCGGCUGUUGCUGCUGAUGAAAAGUAUGAAAGAGAAAACGAUGCCAAGUUCCGAGCCAUUCAUCAGAAGGUGGCAUCCUAUGAAGAAUUCAGGGAUAUUGUGCUGGCAUCACACCUGAAACCUCUAGAGAAAAAGGACAAAAUGGGAAAAAAGAAAAACCUGUGGAAUUCCUAUGCUACCCAAGCUAAUGGCAAGCAGGACAGAGAGAUGGAGCUAGCCCAGGGAUGGGAUGGACUCCCUGAAACGUCUGCAGACUUUUACAGAUAUUGGCGCAGAUGCUUGAAAAGUGGGCAGGAAAAAUACCAGUUCCUGUUUCAGCUCGGCGGCAAGGGCCUGGGCAGAAUCUUUCAAGCUGAUGUUGGCUUUGGCCUCCUGGGUGAAUUUCUUGUGGUGCUGGCCGAGCAUGCCUGUAGGGAAGACAGAGAAGCCGUCCUUCAGAUAUUACAGAGCCUUUCUGGGACCAAGCGCUUUGGACUCAAUGUGGCUCUCCUGAGCCAGGUGGAGAAGGAUAGCUGCAGGGACUUGUUUGGGAAACUACAGAGCAUGGGCAGGAAUUGUGGGGCUGAUGGCCUUCCUGAGGGCACAGCUGAAGCAGGUACAGCUGCUUUGCAGGAAGAGGAGAAUGAGGCUGAUAGAGAAACCCAUCUGAGGGGGGCUGGCCAGCGAAAGGAGGCAGACGACAGACUAAUUAAAGAGCUGGUGAAAUGUUACCUUGUUAGCUGAAGGAGCACAGGCUCACCCUACAGCUCACACUCCACCAGGGUUACUAGGAGCUGAGGGCCAGCAGGGACCCUUCCUGUACUGCUCUGUCAUCAAAGAUGGAGGGACAGUGAGAGCCCCUUUUCUACAGAAAGUUGUUGAUUGAGUUUUACUUUGUACCUGCUUCACCUGUCUAGAAGAAUGGCCUGGUACAAAUAAAUAUUAGUCACCAAAAGGAUUAUAUUGGGGCAGGGGCCAUCACACAGGAGACAACACGUGCUGUGAAUCAGUAGUACAGCAUUGAAUAUAUUGUUUGAGGAUGGGAAAAAUCACUAGUAUUAGUGGGAGAAGAUUAAUUCCCCUCUUUUCUUUUAUCUGGCUACGUGUUCUUGGUCAACAGGGGAUUUUAGAAACAUAAGCAGCUGUAUUAUAAUAGUUAAACAGGUAACAGCCAAAUGAGGAAUGGGUUCAUGUGUACAGCCAUAUCUGGGACUGAUCUGACCCCCUACUUAAACAGAAUCUGGGAUAAAUACAUGGAAUGUACAUUGCUAAUUUCCACAGUCA